AAUUUUCUACCCAUGAAGUUAAAAAUAGUUUUGAAUAUUAGUGAAAUAACUGUAUUCCUUCUUCUAACUGGACUUGGCACUGUGGCAAAUAUUUCCAUUUUUGUGAAUUAUAUAUGUACUUUUAUGGGGUCUGGAAAGAAGUCUAUACACCUUAUUCUUAUCCACUUGGCUUUGACAAAUAUUACAUUGCUUUUUUCCAAGGUAAUGCCAGUGACAAUUGCAGCUUUAGGGUUGAGACACUUUCUAGGUGAUGUAGGCUGUCACGUUAUUGUUUAUCUAGAAAGGAUGGCCCGGGGCCUGUCCAUCUGCACCAGCAGUCUCCUCACAGUGGUCCAAGCAGUCAUCAUGAGCCCCAGAGUCUCCUGGUGGGGGAGGCUCAGACUAAGGUCUAAAUGGCAUGUGCUUCUCUCUCUGUUCUUCCUAUGGAUUCUAAAUAUGUUGACCAGCAUGAACCUCCUCCUUUCCAUCAGAGACACAGCUACAGACACCUUACAACUGAGGCAGAUUAGUGAAUAUUGUUAUUUCAAAAAAGAAAGUCAGAAAAGAAACAACAUUUUUCUCAUCCUCAUGGUCCUGAGAGAUGCAGUGUUUCAGGGUGCCAUGGGAGGCGCCAGUGGCUACAUGGUAUUUCUUCUCCACAAGCACCACCAGCAUGUCCUCUACCUUCAGAACUCCAAGCUUCUCUACAGAACUCCCCCUGAGCUGAGAGCUGCCCAGAGUGUCCUCCUUCUGAUGCUCUGUUUUGUUUUCUUUUAUUGGACAGAUUGUGUUGUUUCUUUGUAUUUAUCUUCCUCCUUGAAUAAUGACUCCUUAACUAUGCAUUUUCAAGAAUUUCUGACCAUUGGUUAUGCAGUUCUUAGCCCAUUUAUGCUGAUUCAUAGGGAUGGACUUCUGGCUGAAUGUUGCCAUGCUCAUUAA